UCAACUGUCACAAGCUUUCAUUGUUUUAUCAAUGAAUAUCAGAUGGCAUUGGCAUAACAGAAGUUUUUGCUUGAGAAGCAUCAUCGAUAUCUAUCAUCUUUUAAAGACUAAAGGAAGACACUAGAGAAAAGUUAUUACUUUGUUUUGUUGAAUAUAUUGUAAAUUGCUGUGAAACAUUUCCUGUAACUGAAUGUGAAUGUCUGGAAAAUUAUUUUACUUUCUAAUUAAACAUGGAUCAUUAGGAAGUUUAUUGCAUCUUCUGAUCUUGUUGUUGAGAAUAUAGCAUCAGAAAGUUUCCAUAGGAUAAAUUAUAAAAACAAAAAAAGACAUCUAUGAUUUGUAGUGAGAUUAUAGAAAAUGAAUUGUGAGAACAAGGUUAAAUGUAAAAUACAAUCUAAAAAGAUUGGUUUACCUUAUGAUAUAAGAAAAGAGAAAAGGAAACCAUCAUACCAUUGUGAUAUCUGUGGUAAAUCAUUCUGUAGAGAAGGCAACUUUACUACUCACAGAAGCAUUCAUACAGGGGAUGAGCCAUAUCACUGUGAUAUCUGUAAUACAUCAUUCUCUCACAAAAGCCACUUAACAAAUCACAAGCACAUUCAGACUGGAGAAAAACCAUAUCACUGUGACAUCUGUGGGAAAUCAUUUUCUGAAAAGGGCCACUUAACUACACACAAACGUAUUCAUACAGGAGAGAAACCAUACCACUGUGACAUUUGUGGUAAAUCUUUCUCUCAUGGAAUUACCUUAACUAAUCAUAAACAACAAACAACACAGCAACACAUUAAUUGCAUAUAA